AUGCAAGGACUGAUGCAGCAAGACUACUAUCGUGCCUGCAGCACGUUCUCCUCGCUUCCAGGAAUGAUGUUUCCAGAUGGAGGAUAUAGUAAAACUGGAUGGACAUCACAACCCAGUUCUCAGACACAAGAUGCUGCAUUUCCAAAACUGGCCUUGUCGGGUCCACCACCAACAGUACCCAAACCUUACGGUUCAACUUUUACUACCGUGGGAAAGACCGGCCUGGAAGUUGGUUUACACAGUGCCCAGUGGAGAGCCACGCAAG